ACUGUAGUGACUAAUCUAUGCAGCCACAGAGAUACUGCUCGGAAGAGUUCAUGUUUGUGCAGCUUUCAUAAUUCUGCAGCAUAUGCAUGUUUUUUUGCCAUUCUGACUAUUUUGCAUUAUAAUAUCAAAAUUUUCACCUGUUUAGUAAGCUGCAAGUCACAGGGCAGACUGACCAUUUGGAGGGCCCGGGGUCAGUAGGGGGGCCCAAUGAGAUGCCCCUGGUACCUUUUUCAUAGGUUUUUUUGGAAUUUGGGCAAGGACACAGGGGUCCCAUGAUCCCCUAUUGCCCGGGGGCCCCAUGA